AUGUUGAACUUGGCCACCGAUUGUAUGGCCGAUAGGGCCGGCGAUAAGGCGCCGAUCGGGCCGAUCAAUGCCGGCAUUAGUAUAAACUCUGAGCCACAAAAACCGAUAGUCAUUAGUAGUCCAGAAGUGCAAUACCUUAAGCCCGUCGGUACAUUUAACACCAUCAAAACUAAUACAUCAAACACGUUACUCAAGCGUAUGAUAAACACAUCGUACUAUCAACCAUAUAACAAUUACCACGAUAAUAAUUGGCUAAAUAAUCACCCUAAUGGUACGAUAAAUUACGCGCCAUACUUUCAUUUGGGUAAAAUAUCUGUGUCUACGGGUGGGUCCGGCUCUAUGUCUGGACCCGACUGCGGUCUCGCAAGAGAAGAGUUCAUUGUGAACGGUGAGAGUGCGGCCGACGGGUCGCAGCCAUGGAUGGCCGCCAUUUACUACAACGAUCACCACAAAGGGUCGGCUGUUAUAGUCAACAAGUGGUCGCUCAUUACCGCUGCCCACAUAUUUAAAAACGUAAACCGCGACAUUGAGGGUUAUGUUAUUAAAGUGGGCAGCAAUAAUCGGCACGAUGGAAAAGCGUAUCAAUUGAGCAAGAUAAUUAUGCACCCAAGUUAUAAUUUUUACACUGAAUGGGAAACUGAUAUUGCCAUGAUAAAAGUGCGGGAGCAAAUUGAAAUGAACCCGGCAACUCAACCAGUGUGCCUGCCCACUACCCCGUUCGAGGAGCCCCUGAACGGAAGCGUAAUUGUGCCCGGUUGGGGAUAUCCUAAUUUUAAAACUAAAACCAGCUCGGACGAUUUGCAAGUGAUUCAACUCGAUCUCUAUCCCAUUGAAAAGUGUGCGCAAAAAUGGCAACAUACUUAUAAGUUAUAUAGAUCGCAAUUGUGCACGUUCAAUUUAAAUAAGGAUGCGUGUUUGGCUGAUUCUGGUGGCCCAGCAAUUCAAUAUAUGAAGGGCAGGGCAACUAUUGUAGGUAUUGUGUCGUAUGGUUAUGAAUGCGCCGACAAUAAGCAUCCAGCCAUUACAUGUAACACCAUCAAAAUAAUCACAUCAAACACUUUACUCAAGCGUACACUAAAUUCAUCGUAUUAUCAUCUACAUAACAUUGACCAUGAUGAAAGUGAGGCAGAAAAUCAUCAUACUGGUGCUACAAAUUACGCGCCAUACUUUCAUUUGGGUAAAAUAUCUGUGUCUACGAGUGAGUCGGUGUCUAUAUCUGGUCCCGACUGCGGUCUCGCGAGAGAGGACUUUAUAGUGAACGGCGAGAGUGCGGCCGACGGGUCGCAGCCAUGGAUGGCCGUCGUCUAUCACGACGACACCCACAUGGGAUCCGCUGCUAUUGUCAACCAGUGGUGGCUCAUUACCGCCGCCCACGUAUUUGACAAUCCAUAUCCGCAUGAUGGCUAUGUUAUCAGAGUGGGCAGCAAUAAUCGGUAUCAUGGACAGGCGUACAAACUGAGCGAGAUAUACAUGCAUCCGAAGUAUAAUAAAACGGGUUAUUUGGAACAGGACAUCGCCAUGAUAAAAGUUCGUACACCCAUUGAACUAAACCCGCUCACUCAGCCCGUGUGUCUGCCCACCACCCCUUUCGAGGAGCCCCUGAACGGUAGCGUAACUGUGCCCGGUUGGGGAUAUCCUGGUGAUAAAAUACGAAUCAGCUCGGUCGAUUUGCAAGUGGUUCAACUUGAUCUCUAUCCCAUUGAAAAGUGUGCGCAAAAAUAUAAACAUCAGGGUGCGAAACUAUAUAGAUCACAAUUGUGCACGUUCAAUCUAAACAAGGAUGCGUGCCAGGCUGAUUCUGGUGGUCCAGCAAUUCAAUAUAUAAAAGGCAAGGGAACUAUUGUUGGCAUUGUAUCGUAUGGCGAUGGAUGCGCUGAUAACGAACAUCCUGGUUGGAUUCAAAUUGGGGUAGAAAAUCAUAAUGCUGGUGCUACAAACUACGCGCCAUACUUUCAUUUGGGUAAAAUAUCUGUGUCUACGGGUGGGUCCGGCUCUAUAUCUGGUCCCGACUGCGGUCUCGCGAGAGAGGACUUCAUAGUGAACGGCGAGAGUGCGGCCGACGGUUCGCAGCCAUGGAUGGCCGCUGUCUAUCACAACGACCACCACUUAGGGUCCGCUGCCAUUGUCAACCAGUGGUGGCUCAUUAGUGCCGCCCACGUGUUUAACACACCAUAUUCACAUGAGGGCUAUGUAAUUAGAGUUGGCAGCAAUAAUCGGUAUCAUGGUAAAGGGUACAAAUUGAGCGAGAUAAAUAACCACCCGAAGUUCAAUGUUACGGGUGAUAUUGAAAAUGACAUCGCCAUGAUAAAAGUGCGUACGCCCAUUGAACUAAACCCGAUCACUCAGCCGGUGUGUCUGCCCACCACCCCGUUCGAAGAGCCUCUGAACGGUAGCGUAACUGUGCCCGGUUGGGGAUAUCCUAGUGAUAAUAUACGAAACAGCCCGGUCGAUUUGCAAGUGAUUCAACUCGAUCUCUAUCCCAUUGAAAAGCUGAUUCUGGUGGUCCAGCAAUUCAAUAUAUAAAAGGCAGGGGAAUUAUUGUUGGCAUUGUAUCAUAUGGCGAGAAAUGCGCUG